UUUCAGAGCCUGUAAAAUUGGGAACAUUUGACGGCAGCUCGGUUGUGAGGUGUAUUUAGCAAUAAUGCCCAGUAUUUUUCGCAGCUUCUUGUCCGAUCGCCAUAGUGGCAAGCAGGAGCGAUUCUACGAACGUUAUGAAGCGUUUUUCCAAGCCAUUCCCAACCUGCCAGCGAUGCCCAGGCCGAAAAGCAACCACCAUUUCAGGGCAGCCACUAAAGCGGAGCACAAAAACAACAUUAAGUUCACCUAUUGUUAUGGUCGAAAUGAGCCCAGCAGCGAUUGGCGGCAGGGCGACGAUAUACCCAUUGUGGUCAGGCGGGAAAUGGAGGAGCGACUGGGCAUCCAACUGAUGAGCGUGCUGCCCAUUGAAGAGAGCUCUCUGGUCAGCCAUACCAUCUGGGAGCUGAAAAUGCCAGGCGAAAGUUUUGCUUCGAUGCCCACUACCAGAAACGGCAUCAAGGUUGGCAUCACUACGGUCCUGGCCGAGUCCACGCUAACUCGCUCGAAGCUCACGCGGAAGCGACCCAUUUUGGCCAAUGUGAGUGUGCCACCAACUAUUGUGCCACUGCCACUGCAGCCAAAAAAGCUGACGGAGAGGAGGCGCUUCAAGCGGGUGGCCGGGCAGUUCGAGUGCAGGGAUUGCAUCAAGAAGUUCGAUCACUCCUGGAUGCUGACUGCCCACAUAAGGACGCACACUGGAGAAAGACCCUUCGUGUGUCCUGAUGGCAGUUGCCGAAAGGCCUUUGCGGAUCGCUCCAAUCUGCGCUCCCAUCAGCGAACCAUGGGCCACCACGAGUGGCAGCAUCAAUGUGGACAGUGCGGCAAGUACUUCAGCCAGCUUUGCUAUUUGAACCGCCACUCGAUGGACGCUUGCCGCAAGUAUCUGAUGUCCGUGAUGCACAAGAGGUUCUAG